AUGUCGAAUUUCACAACGCCUUGGCUGGAUACUGGAGACAAUGCCUGGCAACUCACAGCGGGGAGCUUGGUAGCACUUCAGAGUGUACCUGGUCUGGUGGUCCUCUACGCUGGAUUCAUGAGGUCGAAAUGGGCCAUCAACAGCGCUUUCAUGGCAUUCUACGCAUUUGCUGCAACGUUGAUAACCUGGGUUCUAUGGGCCUAUAAGAUAGGUUUCGGAAUAUACAUGCUACCCUUCGCUGGUCGACCUGGUCCAGUUGUUACGAUUGCACAGGAGCUCAAACAGUCGGAACUCCCUUCAGCAGGUCUUCAACAGAACUUUCCACUCAGCACCAUGAUAUACUUCCAAUUCGUUUUUGCGGCAAUCACAGUUGUUAUCAUGGCUGGCGCUUUUCUUGGUCGCAUGAACUUCACAGCUUGGAUGCUAUUUGUGCCUCUGUGGAUUACUUUUUCCUAUACCAUUGGCGCCUACUCGCUCUGGGGAGGUGGGUUUCUCUUCCAACGAGGGGUUAUUGAUUACUCUGGAGGCUACGUUAUUCAUUUAUCCUCUGGGACGGCGGGAUUUGUUGGUGCGCACUGGAUUGGGCCACGUUUGGAUGUCGACCGCCUAGAAACUCGUCCAUCGAAUGUUUUGGGAGUUCUCGUAGGCGCAGGCAUCUUAUGGAUUGGCUGGAACGGCUUUAACGGGGGGGACCCUUAUGCUGCAAGUGCGGAUGCUGGUGUGGCAGUUCUUAAUACCAACGUAGCGACGGCAAUGUCAUUGCUUUGCUGGACAAUAUGCGACAUAAUAUAUUAUAAGAAGCCAUCUGUGCUCGGUGCGGUGCAAGGGAUGAUUACAGGUCUCGUUGCUAUUACUCCAGCAGCCGGUGUUGUUGCUGGAUGGGGAGCGAUCUGCAUUGGAUUUGCGAGUGGAACAAUCCCCUGGUUGAGCAUGAACGUAAUGGGCAAAAAGGUCGCAUACUUUCGAAAGAUCGAUGAUGUUAUGGGCAUUUUUCACACCCACUGCAUUGCCGGGGCUGUGGGUGGUUUCUGCGUCGGCUUAUUCGCAACUGCAGAAGGUUGUGCCGCUUUCGGAAUCAGCAACGCAGGAGGAGCCAUUGACGGUAACGGGAGGCAGGUUUGGCUCCAAAUUGUCGGUGCAUUGUUCGUCAUUGGUUGGAAUAUUGUUUGGACAUCGCUGAUUAUGCUAUUUAUCAAAUACGUCUGCCGCAUCCCACUUCGCAUGUCCGACGAAGAGCUAAUGGCUGGAGAUGACAUGGUUCAUGGCGAGGCAGCAUAUGCCCUGGGUCCUUGCGAAGCUCAUGAGCACUUGCUGGCUGGCCAUUACGUCAAGAGAAGUGAGACAGGACCAGGCGAGUUGAGCAUGGGCGGUGUUACCAUGGGACAUGAUCCACAUGUGGGGACGAGUGAUAGCAGUCCUAGAGCUGGCGAAAUCAAAGUUUGA